AGGAUCCGUUAUGUGAUAAAUUUGAGAUUUUAACCUGUCCAUAUCUCUUCUAGGCACGUUUCUGUGUUCUCUGCACGGAUAAAAAACUACCACAACCACAACAGCGAAGAGGUACAAUAAACACUUCUGUACCCUGUUGUAUUGCAUCUCAAUCCAAUUUUUAAUUCAAGCAAUUCUAUACAUAAGUAAUGAUAAGCAUAAUCUCAUCAUUUAGUAGGUUAUCUCUUCUCCCUUUACCAUGUAGAACCUCUAAGCUCUUGUUUCACACCUCACCUUGCUUAGCCGGAGAGCCGUUAAAGAAGAAGAAAAGGCUUGAUCCUGCCAUCAUUAAAGCUAGAGAAGAUCGGAAAAAGAGAAAAAUUGAAAAACAAAUUCGUCGACUGGAAAAAAAUGCUCGUCAACUGAAACCCAUUGAAGAAUGUGAAAUACCACUUGUUCUCCUUGACAAUCAAAAAGAGAGAGUACGUCAACCCUUCAAAUACAGCAAGGGAGUUUUAGAAACAAGGGAGCUCUUGGAAAAACAGUGGGCCAAGUACAAGCACGAGGAGCAUUUGGCCGAUAUUCAGUUGGUCGAUAGGAUCAUGUAUGCCCAGCAAAAGGCUGUUGAUGAAUUACGUAAGGAAUCGGAGGAAUUAUACCUAGAAGCUGUUCAAAUUGAGCCGAUGUUAUUACCAUUGAAAAUUGAAGGUCCUUCCGACACACCGUCAAUACAUAACUAUUAUGCCCCAGAUGGUGAUUACCAAGAUGUAUCUAGAAAGUGGAAUUGAUUUUGUCUGAUCAUCAUUGUAUUGUUACAUUUAGAUAAAGUAAAGUAUUAAAAGCUAAAAA